AUGCUGUCCGAAGCGCGAAAACAUGGUCUCUAUCUCCAAUUCUCUGAUCGCGAUGUCCCCGGUAUUGAAGACCCCCGACAGCUUGUUUUCCCCGACGGAACAGGAACGCAGACACUGAGAUGUAUCAACGGGAUAAGUGUGGACUUUUGGGAUAUCACGAGCGUUAUGUGCAGGGAAGGCCGUCGGAAAGAACUUGCGCCGAGCAAAAUUGCCACAUUUGGCUCAGCGGAUCGAGUGUUGUUCGCGGAGGGCAAGCUCGCCGGCCAAAUCAGGAACGCUCCAGUGGGAGCAUUCAUUCACCCAUCGGUCUUCUUCAUGGACGGCUGUAGCUAUAGCAUAAUCCGGACAAUCAAUGAGUCGUCGAUAGCUGCAGCCAUCCAGAAAGAAAUCUCCUUCAUGGACAAUACGUCUCAGAGGUACCUCGAUAUCACUGAACACAGCGAAUUGAUCAGUCGACCACUGGAAGCGCGCGUCCUUGUUUGCGGUCCCACGAAGGCAGGCAAAGGGACCCUGAUCAAUCAAGUCCUGGGAAGGGAAGCGAACGUGGUUCACGAGAAUACACCUGGGCCCGCCGACAUCGAGACAGCACGGACGGCAGAGGGGCCUCCGUACAAAUUCCAUGAUUCACGAGGUUUCGAUAGAAGUGAGCGUCACGAGGAGUAUUUCUGGCAAGCCAGGACUGAUAAUGCAAUUCAGCCCGCCGACCUCGCAAUCAUGAAUCUCGGAGGCCUCGGAGGAGUGCCGGUCAUUUUGGUUUUCACAAAAUUGGAUUCAUUAAUAUCAACCGUCGAAGAGGCGACCCAUCAAGCAUGGAGGCGAGAUCAGCAGAACCCGGUAUUCCGCCAAGAGCGACGGAUAGAGAGGCUACCAACAGAUGCUCAAGAUGAAAUAAGUCGUCAAGCAAGAGACGUGGCCGAGGCACAAGAUCGCCUCAUACAAGCCUGGAGAAGUCAUCCAGGGAUGAGAGAUCGAUAG